AUGGCGUCGGGGAUAAGUGAGAAGAUCACUUCACUCUCCAUAGAAGAGAUGGCCAAGGCCAAGAACCCCGUCGAUUUCUACCGACAGCAUAUCGCCGAGAGGCUAGCUCCAAUUGUCAAUCGCAAAGACAGUGAACUUGUUCCCUUUUUGCAAUGGACCGCGACGCAAGACAAGGGUGACUUAAUGAUGCCGGUUGCCGCCCUCCGUGUCAAGGGCAAACCACCUCAGGACCUGGCCAAGGAAAUAGCUGAAGCGUUCCCAACGUCAGAAGACACGCUUGCCACCGCAACACAAGCUGGCCCUUUUGUUCAAUUCUUCUUCAAACCCGAGCAUCUGAUCAAGACUGUUAUCCCCGAAAUCCUGAAGACAACAAAGGCGUACGGUACUAAUCCCGCUCCUGGUCUAAAAGAUCCAUCAGAUCCCUCAAAAGGCCAGAAGCGAGUUAUCAUCGAAUUCUCUUCUCCGAACAUCGCCAAGGAGUUCCAUGCCGGUCAUCUUCGAAGUACGAUCAUUGGAGGCUUCCUUGCCAAACUGUACAAGAUUAUGGGUUGGGAAGUGAUCAGGAUGAAUUACCUUGGAGAUUGGGGAAAGCAGUAUGGUCUCUUGGCGAACGGCUUCAAGCAGUUUGGAAGCCAGGAAGAAUUAGACAAAAACUCCAUUCAGCAUCUCUUCCAAGUCUACGUCAAAAUCAGCAAGAUCAAGAGCGAGCAGGAUGAACCGAUAAAUGCCCUCAAGAAGGAGAUUAGGGAAAAGAAGCUGAAAGGCGAAGAUGUGACGGAUCUGGAGGAGAAACUUGCACCAUUGGUCGAAGCGAGUGAGGACGAAAAGGCUCGAAAAUACUUCAAGAGUAUGGAAGACGGAGAUCCCGAAGCCCUUGCGCUAUGGCAGAAAUUCCGUGAUAUGAGCAUUGAAAAAUAUCAGAGGACGUAUGCACGACUAAACAUCGAGUUCGACGAAUAUUCUGGCGAAUCGCAAGUCAAGGCUGAGAACAUCAAAAAGGUGCUUGAUAAGCUGCUGGCAAAGAAGAUCGCUGAGGAAUCUGAAGGUGCACUCCUGAUCGACUUUGCCAAGCAUGGAGCAAAGAAGCUGAACAAGGCAAUCAUUGUCCGACGAGACGGCACUCCUUUGUAUCUGACCCGAGAUUUGGCAGCUAUCCUAGAGCGUCACGACAAGUAUCACUUCGACAAGAUGAUAUACGUGAUAGCCGACCAGCAAAAUGAACACGUGGCUCAGCUUUUCAAGACUACGGAGGUUAGCGGUCAUAAAGACGUCGCUGACAAGUGUGAGCACAUAUCUUUUGGAAUGGUCAAGGGUAUGAGCACUCGACGAGGCACGGUGAAAUUCCUGGAUGAUAUCAUCCAGACAGUUAAAGAGACCAUGCUUGAAGUGAUGCAAAAGAAUGAGAAGAAGUAUGAACAAUUGGACGACCCUGAUGCCGUGGCCGAUAUUCUCGCGAUAACGGCUAUCAUGGUGCAAGACUUGACAGGCAAGGUUCGCAAUGGCUACGAGUUCAAUAUCAAUCAGAUGACUGCAUUCGAAGGAGACACUGGGCCAUACCUGCAGUAUGCCCAUGCACGACUAUGCUCGAUCGAGCGCAAAGCCAAUGUGGACAUAGGUGGCUUGACUUCCGCAGACCUAUCGCUGCUCAAGGAAGUACAUGCCAUCAAUCUUACUCGGUCUCUAGCACAGUAUCCCGACGUGGUACUCAACACGCUCAAGACUCGUGAGCCCGCAACUCUUCUGACCUAUCUCUUCAAGAUGGCCCAUGCGCUCAGUUCAAGCUAUGACCACUUGCAGGUUGUUGGAAGCGAGCCUGAGUUGCAAAAAGCUCGAUUGGCGCUGUACGAGGCUGCCCGGCAGGUUUUGUGGAAUGGCAUGACCUUGCUGGGUCUGACACCCGUACAGCGGAUGUAA